CCGGAUUUACUGAAGGAACACAGCCGAGCCCAUGUAAACACGCGAUAAAUAUUAUAUUGCCCAUAGAACCCGAAUGACGUUAUAAUUCCUCUACAUCUUUGAUUUAAUUAAAGGAUCUUGAUGAGUUUUAUGAUGAUCCGCCAAGGCCACAUAAGUAUCCAGAGCUUCCUGCUUGGUCUGGGCAUCCUGAGUUACUUCAUCCUGGCCUGUGGGAGCUGGUGGCAGAGUCCUGGUGUGGAGUGGCUCAGUCAGCGGCCAUGGGCGUAUUGUGGAGGGUUCUAUUUAGUAAUCAAUGUCAUCUUGAUUAUUGCCUUCCGUGGCUCUGAUUGGCAGGUGGCUGUACGAGGAUGUUUCCUGGGAUCAGCUUGUAGUGUUGGGAUUAUCAUCAGCACCCUCUGUGAAGCUUCAUACCAUGUAUUUGGAUGGUAUAUUGUGGUUUUGACACUUUUCCACUACUCUGAGUAUAUAACAACUGCCAUUGGUAAUCCUAGCACCCUCGCCCUGGACUCAUACCUUCUGAACCAUAGUUGGGCUUAUGGUAUUGCAGCAAUAGCCAGUUGGGUAGAAUAUUUUAUAGAAAGAUGGCUGCUUCCUGACAUGAAAAAACUUUGGUAUGUCAGUAUUAUUGGAAUCAUUGUUUGCCUCUGGGGUGAAAUUGUCAGGAAAUCAGCAAUGCUCACUGCCAAAACUAACUUUAAUCAUAUUGUUCAAACAAAGAGACAAGAUGAUCAUGAACUUGUUACAUGGGGUGCCUACAAAUUUUUUAGGCAUCCAAGUUAUGUUGGAUGGUUUUGGUGGAGUGUUGGUACUCAACUCAUUCUGGUUAACCCAUUUUGUGUUAUAAUAUAUACUUUGGCUUCUUGGAGUUUUUUCAAUGAAAGAAUUCAUUUUGAGGAAAUGACACUUCUAAGUUUCUUUGGUGAAAAGUACCUUGAUUAUCAGAAGAGAGUAGGGACAGGUCUACCAUUUAUCAAGGGUUAUCAGUAUAUUCACUGUCCUCCCACUGGUGAAAACUGAAACUUCAGGCUAAUUUGCAUGCACAAUUAUAAAAUAUUAAAUACAGUACUGUACUUACUGGAAAUUAAUGUUGUUAUGAUGGUUUAUAUGUGUAAUUGUAAUGUAUUCUCCAAGAACAGAUACAGUAAUUAAUUGUUGUAUAUAAUGUAUAAUAUUAUAUACAGUAGUAUGUAGUAACUGAUAUUUCUUUUCAAGAGUUUGUAAGACUGUUGGAAUUGUACUUCGAAUGGUGGAAAGUAUAGAGAUUACUGUAGUUGGAUGCUGUUGAAUUGAUAUAAGUGCAGUGUACAUGGUUAUGAAAUAUGAUUCAUUCAUUGUUAAGCAUUUUUAUAGCACUGUUUGUGUGAUGAGUGUAUUUUUUGAUUUUACAGUAAUUCCUAUGUAUUUAUUAAACUGAAACAUUAUUGAAUACAUAUAGCAUAUACAGGAAGUAAUAAAUAGUUUGUCCUCUUAAAGCAAAUAAUUCUAUAUAAUUACAAGGGAGAGUUGUUCUCCCCUAGAGGUGUCUGCGCUAAAACCCCAUUCACUUAUAGUCCACUUGAUUAUCUACCAUGCAUUCUCAGAUGAACUCCAUCUUUCAGCUAUUGCUCUUUUUUGUUUAAACAUUUUCCUGCUUCCACAUUCUCUUUAUAUUUUUUUAGAUUUUUGGGAUGUACAUUAUUCUUUCUGCCAGUAUUGGACUCGGCUGCCCAGUCUUCAUUUCGUAGAUUCAUAUUACUAAUACCAUCCUGUUGAAUGAGGUUUAUUCGUGUGAUCACAAAACCAAUACAAAGAAGUACUGUGCAUAUGUUUUAGGUUUUGUUUUAGGUGUUCAAAAAAAGAAUGCAUGGAGAUAAUCACUGGUUGAAAUACCGUAUCUGAGUGAGUUGAAUUUUCAUCGCUUGCUGUGAGAAUGAGAAAGAAUAUAAUAACUAUAAGAUGAAUUAUAGGAUUUUGUAAUUUCAUCUGAUAAGGGAAUCUUGAUUAUAUGUACAAUAUAGAUUUAUAUAUGUGGUCUCCUCCUUCCCCUCCAUAGCUCUCAGUGCACAUCAGGUUUAUGGAAUACAAUACUGUACAGUAAAUGUCAAGUUACCAUCCAAUUUUAAAAGAAGAAUUCAGCUCAUAUGUCUGUCUGGUGAGUUUUCUGUGUAGAUCAUCAGAUAAGUAUUUCUUACGGAAUAAACCGUGUAACGAAAUUUCCUCUGCUUGAAAUAGCUUCAGAUUUAAAUAGUACAGUAAUAAUUCCAUACACCAAAAGAUACAAAAUGGAAAAUAUAAUGACGACUUGCUGACUAUUGCUCAGUACUUUGAAAUUGUCUUAAGCAUUAGCUUUGUUGCAUUUAGUACACAGAUUAAUUUGUUCCAUAUUGGAAUUUCAUCAGUAUUGUGUGUGGUAUCAAAGUUACAAAUGAACCAUCGUUGUAUAUAAUGAGAGUAGCAUUGAAGUGUGAAUUUACUGAAGACGCUUUCUUUGACAUGGCUUAAGGUGGAGACUAAAGGAAUCCACUGUAGUCAAGCUUUACUGUAUUUAGAAUUCUGUAUGCAUCUAGACACCUGUCAGUUUGUUGCAGACUAAAUAUGAUAAAUAUUAAUUUCCCAUAUGAUUGCUGUUCAAACUUCUUCAUGUAUAUGAAUUUAGACUAGCCUGUGAAUUAUUAGGAACUUUUGUCAAUAUAUUUCAUGUACAUGUACAAUUUACUUUACUAAUUUGAACUUUAUACAGAUGAAUAAAAUCAGCCAAUAAUUCAAAAGGAAAUCGACGGAUUUACACUUUACUACCAGCGUAUUCACAUAAAAACAAUGUUACUAACACUGUUUAGACAUGGUUGGCAAAGCUGGAUGAUUAGCAGUGAGGAUUGGUGAGGGGCAGAGCUGUAAAUUGGGGGAUGUGAGCAGGACAGUAAGUUGGCGAGGGGUGGUGGGCCGGUAAAGGUAAUACCAUGCUUUAAGGGAUUGUGGAUAGGUUUUGGCAAGACGAGGGGUGGUGGGCAGGUUUGCACAAGAGAAAGGGUGGUGGGCAAGACAAGGCUUUAAGAGGUGAUCAGGGUUCAUAUGGUGAAUAGUGCUGGUAACUGGAAAUGUAAAAAUAUUGCUAUCUGUUUGACUAGCUAAAUCACCAAAAAUACUGUAAUAUCAAAAAAAUUACCUUCCAUACUGCCAUCCACAACUCAGACUAAUGUUACCAUUCACACACUGCCCCAUCUGACACUAUUGCACUUGACACACUAUUACACCUGACAUAGUGCCCCACUUGACACACCAUUACACCUGACAGUGCUCCACUUGAUACACAUUUACAUCCAACACAGUGCCCCACUUGACACCAUUGCACCUGACACGCUGCCCCAUCUGACACGCCAUUGCACCCGACACUGUCCCAUGUGACACACCACUGCACCCGACACACUGCCCCAUCUGACACCAUUGCAUCCAAUAUGCUGCCCCUUCUGACACACCAUUGCACCUGACGCAUUCUAGCACCACUGCUGUAUGGGAGGAUGUACUGGAACUACAUGUUCAUGACCCAGGGUAAUGUGUGGGAUUAGUGGUGUGUAGAUACAGUACUGCACAGUAAACAGAUUGAGAUAGGAUAGAAACAUUUGUCCCAUUUUAUAUAGGUAUUUGUGAACUACUGGUAGUUAGGAUAGGUUAUGCUUUCCAUUAACGUAGGAACAAAACAAGAUAGGCUCAAGAGUUGACAUAUUCUAAAGUGGAAUAGGCAAAAAAGUCUCUUUCAGAUGAUAACGACUAUUCCACAAAACAUUUUAACAAUCAACAAUUGAAUUGUAAUGCACAUGUUUAGAUAUAUUAGUCUUCUAGUCAUAUGAAAUCUUAAGCCAUUUUUACUUAUUGGAGAUUUCCUUUUUAGGAGGGGAUAGUCCAUAGUCAUUUGUUAUUACUAUCAUAUAUUUAUUUAUUAUUAUUAUUAUUAUUUUUUUGGGUGGGAGGGGGAGGUCUUCUAUUGUCACCAUUCAUGUCACAACCUCCACUGUUGAUCUGAACCCAGAACCCUUUAAUUACCUGCUCAGUAAGGUAAGCUUUCCAUUGUUGGAUCAUCAGAGGAAUGUGAAAAUCCCUCAAUAAUUUUAAUAAAACUAUUCAUAGCUACCUGAAUGAUAAGAAUAAAAUUUAAAGAUUA